AUGCCCACACCAGACGAACGUUAUGAGAAGGGUAGCUCAAAAUGGAACGGUCUCAACAGUCACACAGAAGACCAGGACGAAACUGUACAAGACACCGAUCAAGACAUGGAUGAAAUGGCCACAGAAGCGACAUCGUUGCUGCCUAAUCAAAAAACCGAUCAAGAUAAAAAGGUUGAAUCACUUCAGUCUGAUGAAGUAACUGAUGAAGACAGCCUACUUGCUGGUACACAAGAAACCGAUGUAAUCGGGACAACUGUGGGUACGCAAUUAACUAAUGAAGAUUGGAAACGUGACCCACCACCACAAGCAACUCGUCAAAAUGAAGUCUCUGUCUCUACUCAAACGACUGAGGAAGAUAGGACAUCUGAGGGAUUAGGGGUUACUGAAACGACCGAAAGAAAUAGGAGACCUGCUGGUGGACAACGUCAAAAUGAAGUCCCCGUGGCUCCUCAAACGACUGAGGAAUCUUCAGUUGAUGAAACAAACAAGCAAAAUACGACACAUGUUGAAGACAGCAGACCUGUUGAGGAAAGAAGCCGUUCCAGCACCACACAAUGUAGUCAAAAUAGGGACUCUGUGAAUCUUCCAUUGACCGAUGAAGGAAGGAUACCACGCACAACACAAUGGUGUAAACGUUAUAAAUGGCAAAUCUUGUCUUUUAUUUGCGUUGUUAUCAUGAUAGCAAUACUUAUUGCUAUUCUAAUUAAGCGGCCACCUCAUCAACAACUUCACCAUGCCUUUUUCCAAUUAGAAACAAGUGGUUACACUGAUUCAGAUGGAGUAACCAAUUUACAUUGGAAGAGAAAUGAAAUCCAGAAUGAAGGCAAUAUUAAAUUGGUUAAUAAAACAUAUAUUAUCAUACCUGAAGAUGGCACGUACCAAAUAAACUGUGCAGUGCAAUUGUACAUUGAAGCAAGUACUCCUUCAUUCAUCGUUACCUUGAUGCUGCAGAAGAAGAAUAAUGGAAAAGAGUAUGUAUUUAUGAAGAAAAGUACAAAUUCCUUAAAUAUACCGGAACAUGCCAUAAUACAAUUAUCUUUUGGAUACAAAUUUGAAACUAAUGAUGAAAUCGUUUUGAAGAUGAACAAUCUAAAAUUCAUCAGCCCCAAUAUGUUCUCCAGUUACUUGAUUAUCACCAGUUUAAAGCAUAAAUAAGGAAAAAUAAAACGUUGGAGUUGUG